GUCGUUGCAGUUGCAUCAUAGAUACUUCUGGCUUCAUUAGAUCUAAAAAUUCUAGACUCCUCGGUCACCUACUAUUUACAAUGUCCUCCAUCACCAUCGCAACUCUUCCCCACAUGAGUCGGGAUGCCCUCUCAGCCUUACUUCUUUCCACCAGUACUCCCAGUAAACUGGCUAUCGUCGAUGUUCGGGACUCUGACCACGUCGGCGGCCACAUCUUCUCCUCAACCUGGGUCCCAAGCUCUUCACUCGACGUCCGUCUGCCCGAGCUCAUCCGCACGCUGAAGGACAAAGAAAAGGUCGUGUUCCACUGUGCCCUCAGCCAACAGCGUGGCCCAUCCGCUGCGCUGCGCUAUGCCCGCGAACGGGAACGUGUUUUGGGCGCUGAGGAGAGCCAGAAGCAGGAAGUCUUUGUGUUGGAGGGUGGGUUUGUACAAUGGCAGGAGAAGUAUGGCAAGGAUACGAGGUUGACGGAGGCGUAUGUGGAGGAUAUUUGGCAGGAGUAUUGAGUUGUUUGACUCUGGGGCACCUAGCUUGGGCUACUUUUUUUUUUUUU